AAUAUUAAUUAUCAACUAUCAACUGUAUCAAAAUAGUUAAUCUGAACAAUCUUUUAAACUUAAUUAAUAUAGCCUUGACCCUAGAGAAAUCAUGUUUUUUUUUUUUUUUUUUUUUAAAAUAGGUCAAAAUUCAAAUGUUAAAGAUAUGGGAACUUGGAUGAAUGGCUAUUGGCACUAGAAAUUAUCAUGAAGCGUCAACUCCGCUCGUGGGAGGAGGACUUAGUAAGAGAACUUUUAGAGACGUUCAAAAUAGCUCACCUAACACAGAACAAAGAAGAUCAAUGGCGAUGGCACCUAGAACCCUCAAGAAACUACACAACCAAGUCUGCAUAUUCUCAACUCCUAAAGGGCGAUACAAGGCCUGCAGGUGACUUCAAGAGGGUGUGGAAAGCCCCCAUUCCACCUAAAGUAAGUGCAUUUUGUUGGCAAUUGCUUCAUAGGAAACUUCCUACAAAAGAUAAUUUAGCAACUCGUGGAAUCUUAACUGAUACUUCAAGUUUAAGUUGUUGCUGGUGUGAUACAUCACUUGAGUCACUUGAGUCACCUGACCACAUGUUUGUUAAUUGCAACUUGGCUUUUACUUUGUGGAUGAAAUGCUACAAGUGGUGGGAUAAGCAAUACGUUAUGGGUAAUUCUCGUAGGAUGGUUUUAGACCAACACAAAUGGAUAGGGGGCCAAAAAUUAAUAGAUAAAGGGUGGAAUAUCAUUUGGUUUGCAAUGGUAUGGACACUUUGGCUGGGAAAGAAUGACAUGAUUUUAAAAAAGAAGGAAGCAAAGGUCGACUGUUUCUUUGAGCUAGUUCAAACUCGAUCAUUUUACUGGGCUAAGAAUACUGCAGGAAUGGAUGGGUUUUCUAUAUCAACUUGGUGCCAGAACCCAGUCAAUUGUUUAAAGAUCAAACCUAACUAGAAAGACAGAGUUUGAACUAGACGUCUUUGGGAUUAUAUGAUGUUUUGUUCUUUUUCAGCAGUCGGUAGGAAAAUUUUUUUUGUAACCUGCUGUUUUGCUGAUAUAUGUAAGUAAUGGGUUGGAAUACCCCUAGUAUUCCAAAAUUAAUAAAUCAUUUGCCUUUCA